UCUGAUAAUACCAGGGAGGGGGAGGAAGACAUUGGGUGGAGCGGCGUCGUGUGCUGCGGAGGAUCCUCGGAAGGUUGUUAACGCGCGCUGUUUGUUCCGAACUGAUGCAGGUCGGAGUGUGAAUGAGAGAAAUAGAGAAAGAGAGCCCUAGGCGAAUACCGAGAGGAGACGAUGAGCCUUAGCUGGUGUGUCCGUGUGUGAGGGGAAGUGUAGGAGAGAGACAGAUAUGGAGGAUUCGGAGCCUGGUGGAGAAGACGGUAUGGUCGGCGGUUGGAGGUGGAGUAAUCGGAACACCGGAGCAAGAGAUCAGGCUCAGCUCAGGCAGAAGAUCCGGGAUUUACCGGGACUAUUGAAACAUGGACUGCACCUACGGAAAAAAAGCCAGUCACCUGAUACCAUCCCUGGACCCAGCACCAGCCCUACGGUUCACAAGUCCUGUUCCCAGAGUUUCCCAUGUGCAGGCCGUGCCGUAAGGAAUGCUUUCCUGUCUCAUGGUCCGUACCCUGCCAAAGACAAGAUUCACCUCGCCAGAAUCAUAAGGCGAAGCUACGUGGGCGUUGAGCUGGUCCAGUGGUUGUGUGAGCAGUGUGUGUACGUACGCUGUCGGAGCAUGGCUGCACGGGUGUGGCAGGUCCUACUGGAGCUGGGCAUCCUGCUGUCUGUGGACCAGCGGGUAGUGUUUGGGGACUCUAACUCUUACUACCAGUUCAGUUUUGAGGAGUGUGAGUCUGCAGCCUGUGAGUUCUGCAGCCUGGAGAAGGAGGCGUGGCCAGAGGCUGUUAGGCUCCUACUACAGCUGGUCCCAUACGUCCAGUUCAGAACUGGGUCUGAAGAAGACUUGGAGGGGAACAGAGAUGUAUGUGGGGACAGCUUUCUCCAGAUGAAAGCACUAGAAAGACUCACCUCCACGGUGCAGAAUGAGUUGGCUGCUGCUCUCGCCAACAAGGCUCGCAAAGCCAUGGCAGAACAGGGUGGUUCUGAGUCAACAGACUCCUCCCCUCGAGACACACCCACACCCAGUGAAGACAACGCCAGGAAAUCGAGACUCAUCAGACCAGGCAACAUUGUUCCAGUCUUCAACUGUCCAAUUUUGUUGGGGGGGGUGUGUUCGCUCCGCGGCGACGUGGGCAAUGUGUGUGUUCGGCCGGACGGUGUGUGCGGACGAGAGGAGCUGACACGACUGGAGCUGGUUCAGAGACUGGCCAAGGACGGCUGCAGACUUCUCCAGAACCAGAACUAUCGGGUCCCAGGCCACCGUAACCCCACUGGAGAGGCACUAGGGAGGGUGUGUCUUAAGGAAAGAGGGCGGGAUGUCCUUGUGUUACAGAGGGUGCCAUCAUCAGUGACAUCUUCACCAAACCCUGCCACCUCACCACCUGGGGACGGAGCCAGAGAAGAGGAUGGAGAGAAGAGGUAUGUGGUGGUGUCUGGCACGCCACUGAAGAUUCUUGAACAUCUGCUGAGUGACCUACGACUGGACGAUCAGAGAGAAGCACCGGAGAGCAGAGAGUCUGAGCUGCUGCUGGAUGACUUCCUGUUGACAUACCUGGUGUUCAUGACGACCACUGACCUCUGUCAGGCUCUGCUUGGACACUACAGCAGUAAGCGUGUAUGUAGCCAGGGCCAGGCUCCGGAGGAGGGAAAGGAGGCCCUCUAUAGGAAGAGGAAGGUAUUACAUCUGGUCUCGCACUGGACACGUCUAUAUAAGGACUUCCUCCGAGAGGACGAGCACAUCAAGACGUUCAUGAAGACUCUCUCUAGGUGUGUGUUAGAGGAUCUUUAUGAAUUUCCAUCUCUGGAGAAAGACAUGAAGGAGUUCCAGAAGCUUCUACGACGCAGACACACGGUUGAUGAAUGUCCUCCACAGCAAAAGAGUAAACCUAUGUUCCAGCAGCUCAGUUUAAAGGAGAACAGUCUGCUUCUCCGUUGCCCACAGGCUGACGCCAAGAAGGUUCUGUGUCGUGUGUAUGUGAGCGCCGACUCAUACUUGUGUGUUUACACACACUCUUUGCUGAGCGUCGCAGAGCUGCUGAGGAUUGUGGGUCAAAAGAUGGACCGACCAGACGAGGAAAUGGUGCUGGUGACACAGACAUCUACUGGAGAGAGGACAGUGUUACAGACGGGUCAGUGUGUGUAUUCUGAGACGGUGGCGACGCAGAACAAACUGAUGGUCUGUCGCAGAGACCUCACACACAUUAUGGCCCCUCUGACUGACAGCGAGCUGAGUAGGAGGACAGUGCGGUUGCUAGGUAUCAACACCUGGGACAUGGCUGCUGCCCUCACACAGCUGGACUGGACACUCUUCAAUUCCAUACAUGAGCAAGAGCUGGUGUAUUCCACAGUGAGCUGUAGUACUGGAGGCAGCCACCGGGAGGGGCUGUCCGUAUUGUUGCAACGCUGUAACGAGGUCCAGCAGUGGGUCAUGUCUGAGGUCCUGAUGUGUGCGUCACUUAACAAACGAGUUCAGCUGCUCAAGAAAUUUAUCAAGAUCGCGGCACACUGUAAGGCCCAGAGAAACCUAAACUCAGCCUUUGCCAUCAUCAUGGGACUCAACACUGCAGCAGUCAGCAGACUUAACAUUACCUGGGAGAAAGUUCCUGGGAAAUUCAAGAAAAUCUUCUCUGAACUGGAGCUGAUCACAGACCCAUCUUUGAACCAUAAGGCAUACAGAGAUGCCUUCAGGAAGAUGAAGCCUCCUAAGAUACCCUUCAUGCCACUGCUGCUAAAAGAUAUCACCUUUAUUCACGAGGGAAACAAAACCUUUCAUGACAACCUGGUCAACUUUCAGAAAUUGCACAUGAUCGCCGACACAGUGCGUCUGAUUCGUCACUGCCAAAGCGACCAACUAGGUAACGAGGCGGUGGGCAGCGACAGUGCAGAAGUCAGAGCGAGUGUUCACUACCUCCACAUCAUCGACAAUCAACAGACUUUGUUCCAAUUGUCACAUAAACUAGAGCCACGCGCCUGAACACAGACACACACACACACACACACACACUCCCUAAGGAACCAUUGACCACCACAGAACAACAGAAAAGACGCUUCCUUUUGUCAAAGGUGCCAUCUGUCCACCGUCUCUCACAGAUUUUGAAUGCUGCUACAGCCAGCCAACCAACAUUUAGGGCACAGUUUUUCGAAGGUGGUCUCAGGAUUUCAGCUAUCUGAUAAGAUUAGAUACAUAGAAAUAAAAUUAAUAGAACAGGGGUCCCCAUUCAGGUAAAUUUGUCUAUUUGAUUUGUAAGCAUUUUCAAGCAUUUGUUUCCGAUUUCAAAAGUGAAAUCCAGAUUUACAACUUCUGAAAAACUUUGUCCAGACAACUGAUUCAACCAGCCAACCACAGAGCUGCACACUGAGGCAGCUUUCAGAUGGAAAAUUGUCAACUGUCGAAAGCUGAUUUUCUUUUCUAUCAGGGACAAACUUUGACCGGUUAAAAACCUAAGGAGAAGACAGACAGACAUUUGUUAUUGUUCUGUCAUGAGGACAGCUGAUAAGCUACUCUUCGGUGGAGUUUGUAUGGUUUCUGAGACGGUUGUUCUGUUCGCAGUCAGUCUCGGGGUCCAUGCUCCUCAGCAAGGGACCUGUGAAAAGACAGCAGAUGGUAACAAAUAGUAUAAAUAUACAUGUUUAUACGGAGAGAUUCGAUAUACAGUAGAUAUAUACUGUAUAUGUUCCAUUUCUCUGGUUGAUGAGUGCCAAAUGCCCAGAGAGAGAUGCCACACACACACACGUAUACACUGAUUUUCACAUAUCCAUAGUAACCACAAAACCCUCAUUUCUGGGUCAAACCAGAUCACAAAAAUCUGAAUAUUAUACAUUGUUAUUAGACGUUAAUAACAUUGUAUUACAUUAUUCUAGUGUUAUUAGACAUUUUGACUGACUGAAGAGAUUUUUCCGCCUGUUACACAGAUUUCACUCAGCCACAAGUUCUGGGUUUAAAUCCAGUCACAUGAUCUAGCAUGUCACAGUUUAGGCUGGGUGUGUUGAAACUGACUGGCCAAGUACCCGCAACUGUAUCUACACUGUCCUUGUGUGCCGGGGCUGAGCUGGAGUGAUUUAUGGCUAUUUAUUGUAAUAUUUGCAUUAUUUAUGUUUUCCUAAAAGGGAGUAGAAUGUAAUGGUCUUGAAUGCCAAGUAAGACUGCCACAGCGAAAAGAAACUCUGUUGAUAUUUGUAGGACAAUUUUAAACUAUUAAGACGGGACAUGGGUUAAAAUGUGUGAACAUACUGAACUGUGUGUCAAAAGGUUUCUUGUCGAAGCCAAAAGGCUGGAAUGUUUAAAACAGGAGAUGGGGCGACGUGGCGUCUGUCCUGUGAUGUCAUAAAAUGGGGACAGAGAAAAAAGACACACGGACGAAGAGGCGCUGGGUGUUGCUGUUGUUUUCUUGCCAUUGUCAUAACAACGUAAGGUUCUGUUCUAAAGAAUAUUGUUGAAUGUGUUUGCAUGAUGUGCCGACCCAACGACAACACGACGCAACACCAGACUACCGGUGGUGCUCCAGAUUGCAUCCUAUGUGGCGCACUGCUUUUGACCAGAACCUACAAUAGGGAAGAGGGAGCUCCGGUUAAAAGUAGUGUACUACACCAACCAGGAAAUGAUGUGCCAUGUCGUAGUGGCUCAAUGGCUUUAUACUACUGUAAUAUUGUUGACUUGUAAAUAGGCAUAAUGUUAUUACUACAAUGUUAUUAUGAUGUUACUAUGAUGUUUGAGAUGUUAUUUAUCAUGUUCUGAAGAUACAUUCCACACUAUGACACCAUUAUGUACUGUGAGGCAACUGCUUAUGGCAAAGUCAUCAACAGAAUUGAAAUAUGCCACUACUGGCUCUUUUGAAACUGUGCCCCCUGUUGAGAGGUGCACAAUGGGACAGCUAACAGUGGCAGUCGUGUUUGAUUUCAUAUCUGUUGUUGAUGCUGUUAUUAUUAUUUUUUUCUCAUUGUUUCUGUUGCACUACUGUAAAUGAUGUCAUAUUGCGGACUGUACCUUUAAAGAAACGAGUAACAGAG